GAGAUGCUGCAGCGCAGUUACCCGAAAGCAGAAGUCUGGGGCACGGGGCCAGCCAUGGGGCUGCUGCUCCGUAGCCUCCUGCUGUUGGCUCCAGGGGGUCUGCGGUUCUCCUCCGGCCAGGUGCAGCUGGAGGGCUUGGUGGGUGAGUCCGUGUAUUUCCCCGCCCUGCGCCCCGUGGCCAGAGACAUCGUCCGUGUCCUGUGGUUUUCAGAAAGGCAGGGCACUCACAUCGCAGAGGCCAAACCCCAGGGCCAGGCGUUCAACGUCAAUUUCUUACCCAACUUCAGCAACCGGCUGGCGAUCCACGCCGGGAACCUCUCCCUGGAGAUCUGUGAUCUGCGGCUGGAAGAUCAGGGGCUGUACCGCGCCGUUGUGGAUAUUGCCUCAGACCCUACCAAGCCCAGGGCAUUCUCCUAUGAGCUGUCAGUGCGAGAACGUGGGCAGGAAGGAGACAGGGGCAAAGGAGGAACCACGGAUCGGCCAGGAGGCGGAGAACGGAGGACAUCGACGGGCCCCCCAGCAGAAGGAGUGCCUGUGACCACAAGCGGGAGGACAACGCUGGCGGGAGGGGAUGGGGGAGGGCAGGAGAGCGGUGAGAGCCAGGGAUCGUGCCACUGCACGCUGAAGGGUUAUGUCAUCGCGGCCGUCUAUGUGCCCCUCUGUGCCAUGGUAGCUAUCGUCCACGUGAAGACGAGGGGCUGACGGAAGAGCCGGGGUCCCUGGG